UUGGGCAGCAGCCAUCUGUUAAAACCAGUGCCUUGUGCUUGCUGCAGCAGAAGCAGCUGGGAUACAGGGAGUAAAUAUCUGGGGGUUUCUGCAAAGAAAAUUCCAAAACCAGAGCACCCUGUGGCAAUAAAUACCAAGCCCUACGUUUUCACUAAAGAUUAUGAAUAAAAGAGCACAUUCCCAGCACAGGGAGUAUACGGAAAGCAGAGCCACUACUAGGGACAACUGACUUUGCGUGUCACUUCUGCUGAUGGGAGUUUUGGAGCUGGUAAACUCGGUGUUAAUAUUGUCUUGAGGGUACAGCAGCCCAAAGUGUCUCCCCAUCUCCAAAUGCAGCACAAAUUCACUCUUAUCCCCCAAACAAAUGUUUAACCGGAUGCUGUAGGUCAAUAUUUGCCUGCCAAAUUCUCAAACAGGGUGGUGCCGAAGGUCGCUGCCGGCGGGUAGGGGAAGUGGGCUGGACAAGAGACUGUGUUUGCCCCGCGCAGAGCUAUCGGCCGGGCUAAAGCAGGUGCCAGCUCCAAUGUGGACAUGAACAACCUCAGAAAUAUGGUGUUCCUCUGGGGUCUGUGGCUGCUCUGCCUGUCUGUUCUGCACAGUCACCUAAGGUUUUCUUCGGCAUAUGCCAUUGAGCAAAAGCGUCUCUUCUUAGACAAGGAUGGGGAGCUGAAGGACGUGAAAAGUGCUGGAGUUGUACAGUCUGCUCUGCAGGAAGCCAUACCACCCAUGCCGAGCGCAGGGAUGGCAGACAUUACCUAUGACAACUUCCAGGAGAUUGAUGGACCCAUGUUACCUUUCACCACCGCACUGCCAGGCAUGAGGAAUGACUGGAACCCAGAAGAUGAAGUCAUAGCUGGGGCUGUGGGCUGUCAUGAACAGCAACCAUCUGAGGAAACUGCCUCUUCUGAAGAGGAAGGAGAGGCUGAAGAUAAAAACUGUGAGAUGACUUGGAAGAAGAGCCAGAGGCUAGCAGAUGGCUUGAUGAGAUUCAGCAUCGAUCUCCUGAGAGAGGUCCAGCUGGAGUCCAACAGAACCAAUGUGAUCUUAUCACCCUUCAGCAUCGCCCUCGCCUUGUCUCACCUGGCACUGGGAGCAGCAAAUCAGACAGAGAAGCAUUUGCUGCAGGCGAUGCAUCUGGAGUCGGUGCCCUGUCUCCACCACAUGUUGGGCACCCUUCGCAGAAGGCUCGCAGAAUCCACCCUCAGCCUUGCGUCGCGUCUGUACCUGCAGAAAGGAUUUGAGGUGAAAGAGAAGUUCCUGGAGGAUUCAGAGAAAUUCUACAAGGCAAAGCCCAUGACCCUUUCUGGGAUCAGUGAGGAUGACCUCAUAGCCAUAAACAAGUGGGUAAAGGAAGCAACUAAUGGGCAAAUACCCACCUUCCUACAGCAGCUCCCUGAAAACACAGUGAUGCUCUUGCUCAAUGCAAUCCAUUUCCACGGGUUUUGGAGGAGUCGGUUUGAUGCUAGCUUCACUGGGCCAGAUGUAUUCCACCUUGACAAUGAGUUCGUGGUCCCAGUUGAGAUGAUGAAAGCCCAGAAGUACCCCCUGAGCUGGUUUACACUGGAGUCUCAGGACAUUCAGGUGGCCAAGUUUCCCUUUAAGAGUAACAUGAGUUUUGUGGUCAUUGUACCAAACCAGUAUACUUGGAAUAACUCUUAUGUGCUGGAGAACCUCCCUUAUGAACAACUAUGCAAGCUUUUCCCCAACGAGGUACCCACCACAGUGAAGAUCCCCAAAAUAAAACUGGACUACCAGCUGGAACUCAACAAGGUUCUCAGUCAAAUGGGUUCAGGCAUGCGGAUUCCAGUGGUUCUCCUUUUCCUGGGUCUCUUAACUGUCCCAAGCAGAUCCCAGAACUCAGCUACCGAGCAGAACUCUGCCACCGCUGAUGGAGCUAAUGCUGGUGAGGUUGAAGAGGAAGAUCCAUUCUAUAAGACCCCUGUAAACAAGCUGGCAGCUGCAGUCUCCAACUUUGGCUAUGACCUGUACCGUCAGCAAUCUAGCCGGACAGCCACUGCCAAUGUGCUACUGUCUCCAUUCAGCCUGGCUACAGCACUCUCUGGUCUCUCACUUGGGGCUGGAGAACGAACAGAAGAUGUGAUUUCUCGCGCUCUCUUCUAUGAUCUGCUUAACAAAGCUGAGGUCCACAACACUUACAAAGACCUACUGACCAGCGUGUCUGCACCAGAAAAGAGCAUGAAAAGUGCUUCCCGUAUCAUCUUGGAGAAAAGACUGAGGGUGAAGCCUGGUUUUCACAGCCAACUAGAGAAGUCCUACAAGAUGCGCCUGAGGGCCCUAAGUGGCAAUACCCAGUUAGACCUCCAAGAAAUCAACAACUGGGUACGACAGCAGACAAAGGGAAGGAUUAUGCGGUUUAUGAAGGACAUGCCCACAGAUGUCAGUAUUCUCCUUGCUGGGGCUGCUUACUUCAAGGGGACAUGGAAAACCAAGUUUGACACCAAGAAGACUGCCCUGAAGGACUUCCAUCUGGAUGAGGACAGAACUGUGAAGGUGUCCAUGAUGUCAGACCCCAAAGCUAUACUGCGAUAUGGUUUUGACUCAGAACUCAACUGCAAGAUUGCCCAGCUGCCAUUGACAGAGGGAAUCAGUGCCAUGUUCUUCCUGCCUACGAAGGUGAUCCAGAAUAUGAGUCUGAUUGAGGAAAGCCUUACUUCUGAAUUUAUCCACGAUGUAGACAGGGAGCUGAAGACAGUCCACGCUGUGCUAAGCUUGCCCAAACUAAAGCUGAACUAUGAAGAGGCACUUGGCAACACACUAAAGGAGACAAGGCUCCAAUCACUUUUCACAUCACCUGAUUUUACCAUGAUUUCUGCCAAACCUAUUAAGCUAUCUCAUGUGCAACACAAGGCAAUUCUGGAGCUUAGCGAAGAUGGGGAAAGAUCCACACCAAAUCCUGGGGUGAAUGCUGCUCGUCUGACCUUCCCCAUAGAAUAUCACGUGGACAGACCUUUCCUUCUUGUACUGCGAGAUGAUACCACUGGAACCCUCCUCUUCAUUGGCAAGAUCCUGGAUCCCAGGAGUGUUUAGAUUCCUUCACAAUAAUCUGCAAUGGUAGGGCCCAAAUGGAAAGGGUGGUAUUGGGAGGGAUACUAGCUCCCUGCUCCGCUGCACAAAGACACAACUUGCAAAUCUUAUGCCUUCAUACUGCAAUAAAAGAGCUUUUGCUAUUAAUCUCA